CUUAGUGGCGUCGAAAUGUAUUGGAAUUUGAAGCAGUUCGUCAGAAUAUUUACUUUAUCAUCAGCUGGGCUGAGGGACAUAUUUGGCCUUGUGAUCGAUGGAGUACCAGAAGAAUGGGUUGAAUUGUACGUCAGCCGACUUCAUUGCGAGAGCGAAUCCUUCAAGAUGGACCUCAUUCUCGACGUAAACACCUGGCUGUACCCCAUGGAACUGGGUGAUAAGUUCCGGUUAGUGCUGGCCACAACUUUACGCGAGGACGGCUACCCUGACAGUGGCGACUGGAACCCCAUCGACAACGAGGGAUCGCGGGCGGACAGCUUCGAAUACGUCAUGUAUGGCAAGAUCUACCGGAUUGAGGGCGACGAAUCGUCCAACGAACCAUCGGGCAGACUGGCAUCUUACGUGUCAUUCGGUGGUCUUCUGAUGCGACUGCAAGGCGAUGCCAACAACUUGCAUGGAUUUGAAGUGGAUCAACAUAUAUAUCUGCUCAUGAAGAAACUCGCCUUCUGAUCCGAGUUUUUAUCAAAACUAAAUUAUAUAUUUGUAAGAACAAUUUUGUAAUAAAAUAUUAUAUUAACGUGUGAGGCACUUCUUAAUAAAGUUAUGUCUGUGAUAAAAUUUCCACAAAACAAAAUAA